AUGAUUGCACUCAGGCAUGCCGCUUACUUCAUUUGCUUGUUUGCUACAGUUUCCUGUGGAUGCUUGACUCAACUAUAUAGCAACACCUUCUUCAGAGGUGGGGAUGUAUCAGCCAUGUACACCCCAGAUGCCCAAUACUGUCAGCUGAUGUGCACCUUCCAUCCCAGGUGCUUGCUAUUCAGUUUUCUUCCUGAAAAUUCAACCAGUGAUGCAGACAAAAGGUUUGGUUGCUUCUUGAAGGACAGUGUUACAGGAACCCUGCCGAGAGUGUCACGGACACAUGCAAUUUCAGGACAUUCCCUAAAGCGAUGUGGUCAUCAAAUUAGUGCUUGCCACCGAAGCAUUUAUAAAGGAAUUGAUAUGAGAGGAGUCAAUUUCAAUGUAUCUAAGGUGAAAAGUGCUGAAGAAUGCCAAGAAAGGUGCACCAACAACAUUCACUGCCAGUUUUUCACAUAUGCCACGAAAACCUUCUUCAAUGCGGAGUACCGGAACACCUGCCUAUUAAAACGCAGCUCACAGGGGACACCUUCGCGUAUAAAGGUGCUGACUGAUGUGGAGUCUGGCUUCUCACUGAAGGCCUGUGGAAACUCGAAAAUUGGCUGCCGCGUGGACAUUUUCCAACAUCGUGCGUUUUCAGAUGCGGAUGUUGCCAGAAUUAUCGCACCAGAUGCUUUUGUGUGUCGGACCACCUGCACCUAUCACCCCAGCUGCCUUUUCUUCACAUUCUAUACAAAUGCGUGGAAGAUAGACUCACAGAGAAAUGUUUGUUUCCUUAAGACUUCCCAAAGUGGGAGCCCGAGUUCCCCUACUCCUCAGGAAAAUGCCAUCUCUGGAUACAGCCUUCUAACCUGCAAACAAACUCUGCCUGGCACAGAGCCCUGCCACUCCAAAAUUUACCCGCAAGUUGCUUUUGAAGGAGAAGAGCUGCAUGCGACCUUCGUUAAAGGAGUGGAUGAUUGUCAAGAGACCUGUACAAAGAUGAUUCGCUGUCAGUUUUUUACUUAUUCUUUAUUCCCAGAAGACUGUAGAGGAGAGAAGUGUAAGUGUUCCUUACGCUUGUCUUUGGAUGGCUCCCCAACUAACAUUACUUAUGGCACGCGAGCAAGCUCUGGUUAUUCUUUGAGGUUGUGUAAACGUGGGGACAGCCGUGUCUGUACAACAAAAAGGGGACGCAUUGUUGGAGGAACAGAUGCUUCUUGGGGAGAGUGGCCCUGGCAGGUCAGCCUGCAAGUGAAGCUGAGAGCUCAGAGCCACCUGUGCGGAGGGUCAAUCAUUGGACGCCAUUGGGUCUUAACUGCUGCCCAUUGCUUCGAUGGGCUUCUCUUGUCAAAUAUUUGGCGCAUUUAUGGUGGCAUUUUAAAUCUGUCAGAGAUAACAACAGAGACAUCUUUCUCACAAAUCAAAGAGAUUAUUGUCCACCCAAAUUAUAAAACCUCAGAAGGCAGUCAUGACAUUGCCUUAAUAAAACUUGAGGCUCCUUUGAAUUUUACUGAUUUGCAAAAAGCAAUAUGCCUACCUUCCAAAGAUGAUACAAAACCAGUUUAUACUGACUGUUGGAUAACUGGAUGGGGCUUCACAGAGGAAAAAGGUAAAAUCCAAAAUACCCUACAAAAGGCAAAUAUUCCUUUGAUAUCAAAUGAAGAAUGCCAGAAAAGUUACAGAGAUUAUAAAAUAACCAAACAGAUGAUCUGUGCCGGCUAUAAAGAAGGAGGAAAAGAUGCUUGCAAGGGUGAUUCAGGCGGUCCCUUGGUUUGUCAACAUGAAGAAACAUGGCAUUUGGUGGGCAUCACUAGUUGGGGUGAAGGCUGUGCCCGCAGGGAACAACCAGGAGUCUACACCAAAGUUGCUGAGUAUGUGGACUGGAUUUUAGAGAAAACCCAGGACAGCCAUGGUCAGCCUUUGAGGAAGUAG